GACAAAACGAUUACGUAAAGCUUGAUUUCCGCCUUCAGGGGUUUCUGAACGAGAGAGAGACAGACGGCGGCGGGCGGCGGCGGCGGCGGCGAGGGAGCCGAAGCCUGAGAGGAUGGUGUUUGGCCGGAGCAAGUCGUCCUCGUCGACGGCGUCUCCUCCCCCUGCUGCGGCGGCUUCCUCGGCGGCCGCGGCGGCGUGCUCGGAGCUGCGUGCGGCGUACCACGAGUGCUUCAACCGCUGGUACGCGGAGAAGUUCGCCAAGGGGCAAUGGCACAAGGACGACUGCGUCGGCGAGUGGCACAAGUACCGCGCCUGCCUCGAGGAACAUCUGGAAGACAAGAAUCUCAGGCAAAUCCUAUUGGAAUCAGAAACAUCUGCCUACUAUGCCCAGUUUGAUGCUGAUUCUUCUUCUCGAAAAGGUGGCACCUCGACGAAGUGACAACCUAGGGCUAACCACAUAUGAUCAAGUUUCGCUUGACUCAACCUGGAUUAGGAGACCCUCAUAGAUGAACGAAAAAGGUGUUUGUAUUUUACAUAUUAGAUGCAUGUUCAUGCUGUUGCAUCGCGCUGCAGUUCAGCAGCUGAGAUGUAAGCUUUUCCAAGAUCAUAUUGAACUCAAACCUACAACUUUGAUGUACCCUGAAAUUUGCAGCAGUUUCUCUUCCUGAAUCUGGGAGAACAGCUUCAGCUAUAUGUAAACUUAAAAAAUAUUCUCCAACCCACCAAUUUUGUGCUGCAUCGAUGCAAAUUUUCAAUACCUCCUAUAUGCCAUCUUCCAAAGUCCUUUGAGCAUAGUUCUGGUAGCGUGACAGUGACUUGCAGUCUUGGAGGCUCUUGUGUUGUCCGAAUCAGAUGCCUUGACUUUGUUGUCUAUUAUGAUGGAUUCAUUCAACAAAGCUUAUUGUUUGUCACAUAGGCCUGAUCCUCUCUGAUGUGGUGGCAAACAAGCAGUGAAAGCUACCAGUCUACCACUCACUCAGGGAAGCUUCGUAGCAAAGCAAAGCAUCAGCCUUCACCUUGUCCAGAGCCCAGAGAAAAGGGAUCCCCUUCAAGCUGCUGUUCUUCAUGGCCAAGAAAGGCAAGAACAACUCUACCAGAAGAGCCUCUGCUUCUUCUUCUUCUUCCUCUGCCGCAGCCGAUGGCGAUGGAUCGCCAUGGCUGCGGCUGACGGCCUUCGCCGUGCUCACCCUCCACUCGGCUUUCUCUGCAUAUCUGGCUAGAGAUGACGCGAGGCUGGUCGCCCUCGUCGUCGUCGGCUACCUCCUGAUGCUGGUGCUGCUGUUCUAUGGCCUGGCCGUGCCUGUCCAACAGAAGAGAGACUAAGGUGAGGCUUCAGCAAUCAGUCCUCAAGCAUGAACCUGCCUUGUUUUUUUUUCCUUUUUGCUGGUUUGGUUUUCUUGCAUGGUUUGAUCUUGGUAUUGAACUAUGGAUGUUAUGUACAACCCUGUACAUGCUGAUCAAAUGUGUAUCUGUAUGUUUAAUUAUUGAUGUUACCAAAGAAUCACAUGUAUAAUAUAAGUAAUUCGAAAGAGCCACACACUAUGGAGUUCAGUGUACACUUGCACAACUGCACUGAGCUGUUAGAGUUAUUGUACAUAUACUGAUCUAGAUCAAUGCUUUUAUUUGAAUACUUGUACCAUUUGCAACUUUGAUCAGGAUUGUCUGCUCGAGUUUGUACUUUA